GUCGCGUCUCUUUGAAUGAGGAGGAAAACUUUGCGCAGUAAAUUAUUUCCGUAUCGAGUUUUAUUGAACUGAUUUAUAAUAUACAUGACCAUAAUAUGGAAUACGACGAUGAAAACCAUCACGAACAAAAACGCCGCAAACAGAUCCGUGUUUGGACCGAUGGUUGCUUCGAUAUGGUUCACUUCGGUCACGCAAAUGCGCUUCGACAAGCGAAAGCAAUGGGCGACGUUCUUCUUGUAGGCGUUCACUCCGAUGCAGAAAUCACCUUACAUAAAGGACCGCCCGUAUUCACCCAGGAAGAAAGGUACAAGAUGGUUCAAGCUAUUAAAUGGGUCGAUGAAGUGGUGAUGGGCGCUCCAUAUGUAACUACGGUUGAAACCCUUGACGAGUACAACUGCGAUUUCUGUGUUCAUGGUGAUGACAUCACCUUGAGUGCAGAUGGAAAGGAUACUUAUGAAGAAGUUAAGAGUGCAGGCCGAUAUAAAGAGUGCAAGCGAACAGCUGGGGUAUCAACCACAAAUCUUGUAGGAAGGAUGCUUCUCAUGACCAAGGAACACUUUGAUAGGGCACCAUCGCCAAUAGGAAAUUUGGACCCUACUCAGGUCAAUAGGGCCAGUUCUGAUCCAUCCGCUAAGAGCCCUUGGACAUGUGUAUCCCAUUUUUUGCCCACCUCUCAGAGGAUUGUCCAGUUCUCAGAUGGAAAGGAGCCUAAUCCUGGGGACAAAAUAGUGUAUGCUGCUGGAGCAUUUGACCUCUUCCAUGUUGGUUUGCUAGAUUUCCUUGAAACUGCCAAGAAUGAAGGUAACUAUCUUAUUGUUGGCCUUCACACAGAUCAGGUUGUCAACCGUUACAAGGGAAGUAACUAUCCCAUCAUGAGUUUACAUCAAAGAGUACUUAGUGUCCUGGCCUGUCGUCAUGUUGAUCAGGUGAUUAUUGGUGCACCCUACAGAGUAACUUCAGAGUUGCUGGAACAGUUCAAGGUGGACAUGGUUGUCCAUGGUGAAACAAAUGUCAUGGAGGAUGUAGAUGGUACAGAUCCUUAUGAAAUUCCCAAACAAAAAGGAAUGUUCAAAGUCAUUAGCAGUGGUUGCCCGCUCACAACAGCUGACAUUGUUGACAGAAUAAUUAAACACAGAAUGCUGUAUGAGGAGAGGAACAAAAAGAAAGAAAAGAAAGAAGCCGAUGUUUUUGCUGCCAUGGAAAGGAGAAAGUCACAAAAUCAGGAGAAGUCUUGAAGAAAUAGUUAAACCAUGAACUGCUCUGUUUUUAGUUAGUUGUUCAAAUGAUUUUUACUUAGGUCUUAGUUCAUAAGAAAAUUUUUUGCAUUUGCAUGACUGUUUGGAAAAAUAGUUUGGUAAUAUUUAUGUUAACUAACUUAAAUGUUUACUUUAAAAUUUUCAUUUGUCAAUUCUUUAAGGCUCUUUAUUUUUUCUCAACACAGCUUCAUGAUAAUGCGGUUUUAGGUUCUUAAUAAAAAGAAGUAACUACCUUUACAUAACCUAAUAUCUUAUUUGCACUUAUAAUAACACAAUUGAAAACCACAAAUUGGCAUUAUAAACAAACCAUUAAUUGCUGUAGUUAAAAUGUCAUAAUGGAUUUUGUUGCUUUCAGAGACAAUUUCUCACAAUUACAGUACCUACAAAUUAAUUUGUUUCAAGCUCUGAGUCAGCAAAGGGGAACAAAGAAUGGUAUUAACCACACUUGACCGUUGUCAGGGACAACGUCUCCAGCCUCUUUAAACCUGUAACUCCCAUAAGUAAUUCACAUGUAACUUCUCCUACAAUAUCCAUCCACUAUCCAACAAACAGGUAAUGAGAGUACUCAAAUAUAUCAGGUAGAAGUUAUCUUGAUCAAACACCAAAUUCUUGCAGCUAAUAUACAAGGAAAUGUGUAGCAGCUAGAGGGGAGUAUUAACAAUCAGAUCUUGGGAGUUAAAGGGUUAAGCCCAUUCAUUGUUUAGUUUGUCUCCUCUUACAGUGAGCUUGGCACAACCUAUGUACAAGUUGUAUAUGUAUUAAGAUCAAACACAUUCCCUAUACAGGAGUUUUCAUUUGGUCCUUUUGCAAGAGCAUAGUUACACAUUUGUAACUCAGAGAGGUAUGAAGACAAAGGACACUCUUGCACCCAAAUCUAGUUGGGAGUUUUAACAGUAGCAUUUUUUUGUAGUAUUACUACAACAGUCUGGAGAUAACUGUCUUUAAAUAAUUAUUCAAUGGAUUGUUAAGUGACUAAAGGUGCAGUCAGUUUUGAAUUUUGAAGACUGGGUUGUUGUGGACAUUAAUUUUAGUCAGUCAGUUUUGAAUUUUGAAGACUGGGUUGUUGUGGACAUUAAUUUUAGUCAGUCAGUUUUGACUUUUGAAGACUGGGUGGUUGUAGACAUUAAUUUUACUAUAACUGAAUUAUUGAAGGAUGUUUUAGGUGCUCUACAUUGUUCUAGAGACUAACCAAGUAUUUUCACACAUUCACGUGGUGUCACAUGUUUUAACAGAAUAGAGACCAUUCUAAUGUAUAGAGAUUACACAAAGUGUCAGUACUUAAAUAUUGUAUUGGCAUAAAUGAUUGUUGCAUUAAGUGGCUUCCAGUGUUACUAAAGAUGGUUGUUCUCGUCACUUUCCUCUUAAUGCAAACAGUUUUAAAAUUCAAAUAAAAUUGAUGGCAAGGGAA